UAACGAUAUUACUCCAACUGUUUUUUUCUUGACAGUUAAAUUUGAUUCAUACAAUGGCGAAGACAAGAAAAGCUACAACGCGUGGAGGUUCCUCGAAGCAAUUACGAACUGUACCUGACAUGUUUAUGAAACAGAAAGCUGCUUCUACCAGAAAACGAACCAUUGCUGAAGCUGAUUCUGAAGAGGAUGUCGACGAACUUGAAUCCUCUGGGAGUGAAUCAGAAGACGAACUCGAAACAAACAAUCAACCGUCGACAGCAAAAGGAAGAAAUGCUAAAAAGAGAAAAGCUGAAGGCUCUUUUGACGCUGUCGUCAACACAAAUAGUCAGCUUCUGCAACCAGCAACUCAGGAAGAAACUCAGGACUCUUUAUACGAUAAGGCUUUAGUACCAGAGAUUGAUAUCGAAGCAAUGGCUAAAUCAUGGAAGAGAAAAUACGAAAGCAACCAGUAUCAGGCAUUGAAAAAUCUUUUCAAUUUUAUUCUUCGUUGUUCUGGUUGUUCAUUAGAAGUAACAAUUGAAGCUGUUCAAGACCAACAAAAUUCUGUAACUGCGCUUAAUGAACUAAAAGAUGAGCUAUCUAAGCACCCACCCACUGAAUACCCGAUUAUUUCCAAAGCAAAAGAGUUCAAAACUCUACGCCGUAAUUUGAUUCUAUUUUUUAGAGAGAUAAUCAAUCAAUGCCAGCAUCAAGCUAUAUAUGAUGGUGUGCUGAUGGAAAGUUUACAGGGAUGGCUAGUCAUUAUGUCUAGCUCAACCUAUCGUCCCUUCCGUCAUACAGCCACAAUCAUCGCCCUGAAACUUACCGAUCAGUUGGCUAUCCUGGGAGACAAAUUUAAAGAUCUUUACAAUACUUCUUUACGUCAAUUAAAUACAGAAAACAAAAAGAAGAAGCGAGAAACAGGGCGAUUGAGAGAGUUAAAAGCAAAAGUAGCAACCAACGAGCGAAAAUACAAGGAUAUAGAAGAGUUUAUUAAAGCAUUCUUCGACGACGUAUUUAUUCGUCGUUCUCGAGAUGUGGAAUCAGUCAUUCGUGUAGAAUGUUUGAAAGAACUAUGCACCUGGCUUCAAAGCUACCAGGCAUACUUUGUGGAUAAUGUUUACCUUCGUCAUUUCGGCUGGGCACUGAAUGAUCCAAGUGCUAAUGUCCGUUCUGAAGCGCUAAAGUCAAUCACAAAAUUAUACAAAAUUGAAAAUAUUGCGACUCGACUCACUGGUUUCAUUAAUCGUUUUAAAACCCGAAUUGAAGAGAUGGCUCUUAAAGAUAUCGAAAUAUCAGUACGUAUCAAUGCUAUCCAUCUAUGUAGUGCUCUCUUUGAAGCAAAUGUCAAUAUACUCAGCGAUAAUGGUCGUAAAAAACUGCUGGGUAUGAUUUCUUCAGAGAUUCCUCGUGUUCGAAAAUCAGCUGCUCCCUUCGCCAAAGCAUUAUUGGAAGCAACUGUCAUUCAACCUCUUAUUGCAAAUGUGACAGAAUCACUUUUAGCUCAUAAUUCUGGCAGCAAAUCUGGCCGACGCUCAGCAGCAACAGCAAAUAAUGCCUCAUCUGUAAAUGUUAACAAGACAUGGAUUACGUUCAAAGCACUUGCGAGUUUUCUUGUAGAGCACUUGUCCAACUUAGCAGCAGCGGACGAUGACGUUAAUCAAAUGCAAACUGAUUUGGGAACAUUAUCUAGUAGCUUGAUUGAAAAACGUACUCGACUGAUUUCUAACAUUGUAGAAGCAUUAUGGGAUCAAUUAUCUGAACUGCAGGAUUUUCAAGCAUUGACAGACUACCUUUUGCGUGACCAUUCGAUAUCUCACCAACAAGAACAGCGUGACGAAGAGGAAAUGGAUUUGGGAGAGCCUAUAAGUGAUUGCUACAGAUUGGAAGAGAAUCAAGAAACAAUGCUUAUCAUUGUAUUUGCAAGCGUGCUUCGCACAGCAAUGACCAAAGGGCUUGACAAAAACUUGUCAGAAACCAAAGACAGGAAAAAACUGGACAAUAGAUUCUGGGAAGAGAAUACAAAUGAAUUAUCACGCCAUAUGGUUCGCAGCUUACCUAAAUUGCUAUCAAAGCAUUUGGAUGACAGCAGUAAAAUUGUUGAUCUAGUAGCUUUGCCCAGUCUUAUGAACAUGAAUGUUUAUUUAGAACUGCAGGCUGAAAGAGAUUACGAAAUUUUGCUACAGAUAUUUUCCAGAAUAUUCCUUGGCGCCAUUACGAAAGAUUUGUUGGCCAAUUGUGCAAGUUCUCUUCAAUACAUGAGCAAGAAUACCAACCUUUCAACUUACAAUGACGCGAACAUAGGAGACUUGAAAGAGGCAGUUAUCAAACAAUUUGAGCAAACCUGUAACGGCAGGGAUCUAGCUACUGUCAAUUUUACACCAGCUCUUACGCAUUCUCUAUCCAUUUGCUUACACCGUUUGGCCUAUCUGAUUAAUUUUCUCGAUGCCACAACUUCAAUGGAUGAUAACCAGAAUAUGGCAAUGAGUGUUACCGAUUACGUUGGCGCACUUGUAGAUCGUGCUGCGUACGGCUCAGAUGAUGAGAAGCCAGAUAUUAGUUUAACGGCCAUGACGAUUCUUUCUCGUUAUCUGAUGUGGAAAUGUAGAAACUUACAAGAUGCAUUAGCUGUGACUGAUAUCAUUCCAAUCAUUGAACGUCGUCGAGAUUGGGUUCUCGACAAAUUUGUUGAAAUCAUUAAGGGAGUUGAUGGCACUUCUGCACCUGAAGUUCGCAUUGCAGUUCUCGGCCACUUAAUUGAUCUCUACUGGUUAUUCGGCAGCGAUAUGCUUGAUGCUCAUGAUGCUAGUCGAUUGAAAGUGAGAUGCUCUGAUGAGUUACAAACAACUUUUGUUGAAUUACUUAAAACACAGUUGACGGUUGCAAAAGAAUUCCCUGACGAAAAGCCUUCUAAGCAAUCCAAUCUGUCACAAAAAGACCUACUUUAUCAACUCGUUACUAGCUUUGCGCGAGGUUUGCUCAUGGGAGUGAUCAAUAUUGAAUACAGCAUCCUUUUAUUCGAACAGUUCAACAAGGUUGAUACAGAAGUGGACGACAUAAUUAAGGCUCUAACUAGUGAAGUACAAACGGAUAUGGUUUCUGACGAAGCUGCAACUGAUGGUUUUUGUAGAGCUUAUCUUGAAGCAUUAAAGAUGUCAUUCAAUGAAAAGGUGUCACAUUCUAUACGCUCUAUCGAAAGUACACUUAGAUUAGCACGCCUUUUCGCAUCAUCUCUGAAUGGAGGAGGCGCGAGCAACAAUGAGUCUGCCAACACUGUUCAUCCUCAAAUUAUUUGUGAGCGCAUUCAUUUGGAAGGUAUCAACUUUGCUUUAACAAAAGCAGCUGAAGCUUAUGAACAGAAUAAGGACGAUGAACGAGAUAAUGCUCUCAAAUUUUUCAAGAUUUUGACUGUUUUUGCAAAGGAUCUACAGCGAGCUCGUGAUGUAGCUCGAAUCCAUGGCUUUUUAGAUGAUACUUUAAAACAACAUGAAAUAUCAGUUGAUGAAAGUGCAAAGGAAUGGGAACAUUUUGCUGCUUAUGUACAGACUAUUGAUCAAGUCUUGAGAAAGAAGGGCCUGAAAUAUGGUAAGUUUCUGUCGUCAACGCGUAAUAAAAUAAAGAGGGUUUCUUCUAAUACCAACAUUUAUGGCAUAUGUAGACCCCUCUAAAAGAGUAAACAACGCUGAAACACCUGGUCCAGGAUUUGAAGGUGUCGGGAUGGAUUUGAUGGAUUUCAACAUAGAUUGAUGAUCUGCUGUCAAGAGCAGCCACAGUCGCUUUUUAGUUAUUCCAAAUCUAUAUAUAUACUAUAUCAGUCUGAACUUUUUACCAACCAUAGCCUUCGACUAUCACCUUUUCAAUGUUUGCUUCCCUUUAUUUACCAUUAAAUACUCGCCAUUAUUGAUGUAAUAUCCAGAUAUACUCAGACCUGAAACCCAAUGAAGCAGCUAUCAGAUGCAUAUACUUCCAUCUUGAUUGGUCUUUAGAGGAUUACCAUUAAAUCAAUGCUCCUGGUUUUCUCUUUAGACUUAAAGAACACACAAUCCGACUUUUGAAUACUAACAUUGUCCCCUCCAGGAUCUUACGACACGACACAGCUG